UUGGUUCCACUUUUUACUUCCCGCUAAAUUAAAAUAUUUUAAAUUUGAAUUAAUUAUGACACCAAAUUCAUAUUAAGAUGUUAUGCAUUUAAGUAUAUAAUAAAGUAAGAAUGGAAUCAAAACCAGUAAGGAUGGUUAAUGUUGUUCCAAUAACAAGACUUAAGAAAGUACCACUACCAGAUGAUAGUGAAGACACAGUGGCAUGUCGUAUAUGCAAUAAGUCUUUUGCAAAUGAAGUUGCAUUGAAGAACCACUGUCGUAUUGAACACAUUGAUGCUCUGCUUAGUGGCCAAGAUAUUUGUGUAAGAAAAAUUAAGACGGUUGCAAUCUCCAAGGACAAGAGAAAAAAGGAAAUGCAAGAUGUAGAUUCAGAACACAUUAUUUUGUCCGUGGAACCAAUAGAUAUUAUGAACAUAGCCUUAGCACAGGAUCAUAUCAUAAAUAAGAAUAGUGAUAACGAUACAAAUUCAAGUGAUGGGGAGAAGAAAGCUAAAAGACCUAAAAUUGAAAAAGUCAAAGUGGCCGUUAAGAAAGUGAAGGAAGUGAUGGCCAUCACCGGCCCCUUUGAGUGUCUUCAGCCAUCAUCUCUAGUUUCCGAUAGUAUAUGUCACCAGAUGUUCUUCUCUUGCUGCGAGUACUCGACACAUAUCAGAGACGAACACACGCGACGAAGGAAAGGAGUCAAGUGUCAGGUGUGCGAGAAACCACUCACCGCUUCUGGAAAUGACCAGCUUCCUUACAUUUGUCAAUUUUGCGCCGCCGGCUUCGAACGCUGCAUGGAUCUAUCCGACCACGUGACAAAACACCACAACAAAAUAAAACCAUAUCAAUGCACAGUCUGCAAUAAACGUUUCACCCAGCAGGGCGGCCUCGCCCAACACAUGCGAGCGCAUUCUGGAGACAAACCCUUUAACUGCACCUACUGUCCUAAGGCCUUCACUCAAAAAUCCGGUUUAGACCAACAUUUACGAAUACACACAAAAUCCAAACCGUACAAAUGCGUCAUAUGCAGCAAAGCUUUCUGUCAAUCCGUACACUUGCAACAACACAUGCGCACGCACACGAAUGUUGCGCCGUUUCAGUGUAUCAUAUGCCAGAAACGCUUCAAGCAGAGCAGCCAUUUGAAUUACCACUUGAAAUACCACAACCCGUUGAACAUGACGGACGAGCAGAAAGAGAAAUAUACGGAGUUGAUGCGAAUGAUGGGCAAGGAGAGCAUCUUCGAACUGCUCUCCGCGAAAGGUGAUAGUGAAGAGAACGGAAGUGGAGCUAACUGUGAAGAAGUCAAUUGUGAAGAUGUGGAAUUGGUGGUGGAUGGACAGGAAUUGUUGGAGAAUGAUAUCGGAAAUGCUGUUGAAGUUGUAUAUUUAGAUUCAAUUUAGUUAUUGACCGCCUGCAAUAUCUAGUGGAUCCCCUCCACCCAGCGACCUGGAUCUCAUUUUAAUUGAUAUCCUUUAGUCAGUGGAUUUAUAAGUUUACAUUAUAAACACACAUGCUCGUUAUAUCCUGGAUACGGAUUUCCGAUGCUGACACUAGAUCCGCCCUAAAAUAUCUGUUGGGUAAAUAAAAUUGGAUAAUUGUUAAACUAUUCCGGUAGUUAUUAAGAACUAUGGAAUAUUUGAAAACUUCUUUCUGUUUAUUUAGUUCCUAAUAAGCCCAUGGAGCGAUGUUUUCCAUACAAUUUUUCUGUUAUGGUAGAAUAUGUAUCUAUUGUAUAACAUAAUAAAUACUUGUGUGGAUUUGACGAAGUCGUACUAAAUGCUGCUUACAAAUAAAUUUCCAAAUUGUUAUAAUUAUUAUUAAGUGCUAUUCACGAUCCCAUCUAAGGCUCCAUUUAAGUGCCGAUAUAACUUCGUUUGACGUUACUGGGUCACGCCUGACGAAAAGUGAUUUUGUCUCAAGCCCCUGUGUAAAUAAAUUAAAAUUUAUAGUGAAAGAGUUAUAUUUUUAUAAUUAUCGUGAUUUUGGCAUUUUAUUCAGCAAACAUAGUAUUGAGAGAUUUCAAUCACGAGAGAAUCGGCACAUCUACGCCCAAAAUUAAUAUCAAUCUCAAUCCAAUUUUAGCCAUCUUAGAUCGACAAUUCAAUCUAUUUCUAAAGAAAAGCAUGCCAUAGAUCGAGUUACCAAUCUAAUUAUUUAACCAAUCCUUCAGAGGACCGAUCAGAGAUUGAAGAUUGCCCUCUGUAUGAAAAUUAAUGUUUACACAUGCCAAUAACCUAUCGGUGAAAUUUGUAGGAUUAGGGAUCGGGAUUACGAUCUAACCUUAUAGUCAUUAGUAAAAUGUAUUCAUUUUCGUCAUCCUCCUGUUCCAGUGAUAGUGAUUUGGAAGUGUUAAUGCAAUUAUCCGAUUAUUAUUAUUCUUAGAUUGAGGAUAUAUUAUUAAUUUUGGGCGAUAAGGGUCUUUCGCUCUGUAUGUUACUUUACAUUUAAUUAAACUUGUAAUAUGAUUAUGUCUAUGUAAAUACAAUAAAGUUUUAUCUAUACUU